GCGGGCUGAUGGCUAUGAAGGUGGCGCCGGUUGAUGGUUGACCGGUCGUUGGUUCCUGGGUAGGGGUCGCCGCGCGUGCGAUCGGCUCACACAGGACCAGAGGGCGCUGACUGCUACAGCUCAACCUGGAAACCACCGGCGAGACCAGGCUCCGCCCGGCCAUGCCCGCCGGGAGCAACGAGCCAGACGGCGUCCUCAGCUAUCAGAGAGCAGAUGAAGAAGCUGUAGUGGAUCAGGGUGGGACCAGCACAAUCCUCAACAUUCACUAUGAGAAGGAAGAGUUGGAAGGUCAUAGAACUCUGUAUGUGGGGGUUCGGAUGCCGCUGGGCAGGCAGAGCCAUAGGCACCACCGAACUCAUGGCCAGAAGCACCGGAGACGAGGAGGGCGGGGCAAAGGAGCCAGCCAGGGCGAGGAGGGCGCGGAAGCCUUGGCCCACGACACCCCGUCUCAGCGCGUUCAGUUCAUUCUUGGCACUGAGGAGGAUGAGGAGCAUGUCCCUCACGAGCUGUUCACAGAGCUGGACGAGAUCUGUAUGAAAGAGGGAGAGGAUGCCGAGUGGAAGGAGACGGCCAGGUGGCUGAAGUUUGAAGAGGACGUCGAGGACGGGGGAGAGCGCUGGAGCAAGCCUUACGUGGCCACGCUCUCUCUGCAUAGCCUGUUUGAGCUGAGGAGCUGCCUCAUCAAUGGCUCUGUCCUUCUGGACAUGCGUGCAGGUAGCAUAGAGGAGAUCUCAGACCUGAUCCUGGACCAGCAGGAGCUGCUCCGAGACCUGAGCGACAGCGUGCGGGUUAAAGUGCGGGAAGCCUUGCUGAAGAAGCACCACCAUCAGAACGAGAAGAAGAGGAACAACCUCAUCCCCAUUGUCCGCUCCUUUGCUGAGGUUGGCAAGAAGCAGUCUGAUCCGCAUUCCAUGGACAGAGAUGGGCAAACCGUGUCUCCUCAGUCUGCUCCAGCUACAAACCUUGAAGUAAAGACUGGCGGGAACUGUGAGCACAGCCCUGUGGAUCUAAGCAAGGUGGACCUUCAUUUCAUGAAAAAAAUCCCCACGGGGGCGGAGGCCUCCAACGUCCUGGUUGGGGAGGUGGACACUCUGGACCGGCCCAUUGUUGCCUUUGUGAGGCUUUCCCCGGCUGUGCUCCUCUCUGGCCUGACAGAAGUGCCCAUCCCAACGAGAUUUUUGUUUAUCUUAUUGGGCCCAGUAGGAAAAGGGCAGCAGUACCAUGAGAUUGGCAGGUCCAUGGCCACCAUCAUGACAGACGAGAUUUUUCAUGAUGUGGCGUAUAAAGCAAAAGAACGGGAUGACCUCUUGGCAGGGAUUGAUGAGUUCCUGGACCAGGUGACAGUGCUUCCACCAGGGGAGUGGGACCCGUCCAUUAGAAUUGAGCCACCCAAGAAUGUCCCUUCCCAGGAAAAAAGGAAAAUGCCUGGUGUUCCAAACGGAAACAUUUGCCACAUAGAACCAGAACCACACGGGGGACACAGUGGGCCAGAACUUGAGCGGACCGGGCGGCUGUUUGGGGGCUUGGUGCUGGAUGUCAAGCGGAAGGCUCCCUGGUACUGGAGCGACUACCGGGACGCUCUCAGCUUACAGUGUCUGGCCUCCUUCCUGUUCCUGUACUGUGCCUGCAUGUCGCCUGUCAUCACCUUUGGGGGACUGCUGGGAGAGGCCACUGAAGGACGCAUAAGUGCGAUUGAAUCGUUGUUUGGAGCGUCCAUGACAGGGAUUGCCUACUCUCUGUUUGCCGGACAGCCGCUCACCAUCCUGGGCAGCACGGGCCCCGUGCUGGUGUUUGAAAAGAUUUUGUUCAAAUUCUGCAAGGACUACGCCCUUUCGUACCUCUCCUUGCGUGCUUGUAUUGGGCUGUGGACUGCCUUUCUGUGUAUCGUUCUGGUGGCAACCGACGCCAGCUCCCUUGUCUGCUACAUUACCCGCUUCACCGAGGAAGCCUUCGCCUCCCUGAUUUGCAUUAUUUUCAUCUACGAAGCCAUAGAGAAGCUGAUUCACCUGGCGGAGACCUACCCCAUCCACAUGCACAGCCAUCUGGACCGCCUCAGCCUCUAUUACUGCAGGUGCGUGCUCCCAGAGAAUCCAAACAACCACACUUUACAGUUCUGGAAGGACCACAACAUCCUGACUGCAGAAGUGAACUGGGCAAACCUGACUGUCAGUGAAUGCCAGGAGAUGCACGGGGAAUUCAUGGGAUCUGCCUGUGGUCAGCACGGACCCUACACGCCUGACGUGCUCUUUUGGUCCUGUAUUUUGUUCUUUGCCACCUUCAUCGUCUCAAGCACCUUAAAGACAUUUAAGACAAGCCGCUACUUCCCGACCAGGGUUCGCUCCAUGGUGAGUGACUUCGCUGUGUUCCUCACCAUCUUCACUAUGGUGAUCCUUGACUUUCUGAUUGGCGUCCCCUCGCCAAAGCUUCAGGUUCCCAGUGUGUUCAAGCCAACGAGGGAUGAUCGAGGGUGGUUUAUUAACCCCAUUGGCCCCAACCCCUGGUGGACCGUGAUAGCUGCAGCUAUCCCAGCUCUCCUGUGCACAAUCCUGAUCUUCAUGGACCAGCAGAUCACCGCUGUCAUCAUUAACAGGAAGGAACACAAGCUCAAGAAAGGCUGUGGCUACCAUCUGGACCUGCUCAUGGUGGCUGUCAUGCUGGGAGUUUGCUCCGUCAUGGGCCUGCCUUGGUUUGUGGCUGCGACCGUCCUGUCCAUCACACAUGUGAAUAGCCUCAAGCUGGAAUCCGAAUGCUCUGCUCCGGGGGAGCAGCCUAAGUUCUUGGGCAUCCGAGAACAGAGAGUCACGGGGCUUAUGAUCUUCGUGCUGAUGGGCUGCUCCGUCUUCAUGACAGCUGUCUUAAAGUUUAUCCCGAUGCCAGUGCUCUACGGAGUUUUUCUCUACAUGGGAGUCUCUUCUCUACACGGAAUCCAGUUCUUCGACCGUCUGAAGCUUUUCGGGAUGCCUGCAAAACACCAGCCAGAUUUCAUCUACCUGCGGCACGUGCCCCUGCGCAAAGUGCACCUCUUCACUCUUGUCCAGCUCACCUGCCUCGUCCUGCUCUGGGUCAUCAAGGCAUCACCGGCUGCCAUUGUUUUCCCAAUGAUGGUCCUGGCCUUGGUCUUUGUCAGGAAAGUCAUGGAUCUCUGCUUCUCCAAGCGGGAGCUGAGCUGGCUGGAUGACCUCAUGCCCGAGAGCAAAAAGAAGAAGCUGGACGAUGCAAAGAAGAAGGAGGAAGAGGAGGCUGAGAAGAUGUUGGACAUUGGGGCUGAUAAGUUCCCCCUUGAAAGCCGCAAGUUGCUAAAUAGUCCUGGCAAGAACAACAGCUUCAGAUGUGACCCUUCUGAGAUCAAUAUAUCAGAUGAAAUGCUUAAGACCACGGUCUGGAAGGCUCUCAGCAUAAAUUCUGGAAAUACAAAAGAAAAAAGCCCCUUCAAUUGAGAGUCUCUGCUGGGUGGAAGAUUUGGGCCAUGAGGUACCUUGGAGGUGUUCUGGGUUUUGAGAAAAUGGUGAGUCUCUCUGGGAAGAAGCUGAGCUGAGUCUGGCCCUGUUCUUGGUCAUCUCAAAGCCAUGCCACAUGGAAGCAUUCAGUCACUCCCAGUGUGCGUUUUGGAGGACAUCCAGCUACCUGCAUACCAGCAGCCAGGCACCAGCCGGGCCACCACUGUGGGGCCACCACCUGCUGCCUCUUUUCUCUUCCUUCUUUCUCUUCAGAGCUGCCACCAUUAAAGAGCCAGCUUCCAUUUUCAGACA